AACCUUUCUUCAUUUCCCAAUUUUCUCUCUUCCCAUCUCAUGGCGAUUGCUACAGAGACUCAACCUCAACCUCCACAACUCAAGGAAUCUUCGGAGGUUUCAGGUUCGGCCGUGGAGCAAAGAAGGUGGACCCUGAAUGAUUUCGAUAUUGGAAAACCUCUUGGAAGGGGAAAAUUCGGCCACGUCUAUUUGGCCAGAGAAAAGAGUAGUAAUCAUAUCGUUGCUUUGAAAGUACUCUUUAAGAGCCAAUUGCAACAAUCCCAAGUUGUGCAUCAACUCCGGAGAGAAGUUGAAAUACAAAGUCAUCUCCGACAUCCCCAUAUCCUGCGCCUUUAUGGAUACUUUUAUGAUCAGAAACGAGUUUAUUUGAUUUUAGAGUAUGCGCCCAAAGGUGAACUUUACAAGGAAUUGCAGAAAUGCAAAUAUUUCAGUGAAAGGCGUGCAGCCACUUAUGUUGCAUCAUUGGCCCGAGCCCUUAUAUAUUGCCAUGGAAAGCAUGUAAUACACAGGGAUAUUAAACCAGAGAACCUUCUUAUUGGUGCACAGGGUGAACUGAAAAUAGCAGACUUUGGAUGGUCGGUGCAUACGUUCAAUCGCCGGAGGACCAUGUGUGGCACACUGGAUUACCUUCCUCCUGAGAUGGUGGAGAGUGUAGAACAUGAUGCAAGCGUGGAUAUAUGGAGCCUUGGUGUCCUGUGCUAUGAGUUUCUAUAUGGAGUCCCUCCUUUUGAGGCUAAAGAACAUUCUGAUACUUAUAGGAGGAUAGUACAAGUCGAUCUCAAGUUCCCUCCUAAACCAAUUGUGUCAUCAGCUGCCAAGGACCUCAUCAGUCAGAUGCUGGUCAAGGAUUCCUCUCAACGUCUACCAUUGCACAAAGUCCUUGAACACCCUUGGAUUGUCCAGAAUGCGGAGCCCUCUGGUGUAUAUAGGGGCUAGGGGACCUCAUCAUUUUUUCUUUUGGUUUUUUUUCUUAAUCGUCGAAAUCAUCAG